CCGAUGUCCGAUUCCCAUGAAUUCAUUGCCCCUGUCUAGUGGGUUUUAUCAGUAGUGGGCUAUUUGUACCUUGGGCGUUUAAAUUUCAUUCUAAAACCAUAUAUAUAACGAGCCCAAAAACUCCCCGAAUGCCUCAGCCGUCAAAAGUCUCGAUAUCCCUUUGUUAUAUCCCUCAUGUUUUCAGCUCGUCCCCAUCGCCACUCCCAGGUGGCCCCACCCUCCAGUGCAGCUUCCCGAUGUUACUUCGUCUCUGUCGACUGAACGUGAUGUUGCUUUGGCGAGCGAUUCCCCUUUGCGUCGUCCACGCGCUAAUGCUGCCCAUACCCGUGAGCUGUGAUUAUUUUCUACGGCUCUUGACCCUCUGCUCAGCUGUUGUUAGAGCCUUCAAGUUAUACUAUUCAUCCCCAGUAUGAACCUCCCUCCCUCAUGAAUUUGGGGGUACAAGCAUCCGUAAAUACGAUGAGUCUUGUCGACCGCAACAUUCCAAAUUCGCGGCCAUGGAACGGUGGCGCUCGCGCUCCAUUUGCUGAUAUGCCCACCACGACUCGAUACCAGACAGGGAACAUGCAGCUCAUAUAUGACCAUUCUGCGCCACGAACAAUGUCAUCGAAUGUUAACGAAACCCAAAAUGCCCAUCCCCAUCCACUUCUCUCGAUGUCAUCCAUGCCAGUAACAUACGAUCUGCGCUUCCCGCCUAUGUCUCUUGCUUUUCCAUUGUCGUCUCCAUAUGCAGGCUGCGGGUACGAGCUACUCUUCGUCCCACUCACCCCACAACGGCCUAGACAAAUACGGCUCAUCAGCCCAGACUUUCCCUGGGCAUUUGACAUAAAUCCUGAUUUCAGUACUGGAGAAGAGUGCGUGACGUGUCUUGACGUUCUCACUACCCUGUAUGCUACAUUGCAGCGCCCACUCACGGAUACAGAGUGGGCCACCGCUGGACGUGAUAGACGUGCGAGUCUUAUCAGAGCACGUGAUCGUCGUCCGAUGAUACAACAUGCAUUGCAGGGGAGUUCGAAUUCUGCAGCACGUACCAGGCCAACGGUGAGAUCUGCACCCCACGCAUUAGCGCCAAAUGAUAGGCUCGUGCAGCGAGAGAGGUUACUGCUCCGUGUUGAUUGGCUCGGGUCUCGUGUUGCAUUUGCGGGGCUUAUCAAGGAUGAAGCAUUUGCAAGGAGCAGACUCAUUCCGGGUAGUGAGGAACCACCUGAGACUUGGGUGGUGAAGUUUCAGAAGUUAUGAUUUCGAAUGUCCGUGUAAAGUGUACAAACAUUUACUAGCUAUAUGUAUCGAUAUUUUAUGAAGUUGUCCGAGUCGUCAACUUCACGUCAUGUGUUGCCUUGUCAGCGUUUUCCGAGAGGCAUGUCGAUGCUGUCC